CUCGCUGCCGUCGUGCGGCAAAGAAAAGUCGACGCGUAGAAUUUGAAAAGAAAAAGGCGACCGGAAAACUCCUUCGAUGUCGGCGGCGGACGACGGCAAAGAAACGUCCGGCUGUCUCUAACGGUUCUCUGCUCAAGGAUGAUGACAAGAGGGCAGAAGCGUAAACUCCCGGCGGGGGACAUUGAGAUUUCAGACGGGAAUAGUGCCGCAUGGGAGAACCAACGCCAGUUUGUGUUUUAUGUUUCCCUGAACAAGUACCAACGAGGCCAGGAGUUACCCGAACCCAGCCUCCGGCGAUCGGUUUUAAUUGCCAACACACUCCGGCAAAUGACACUUGAGCACGCGCCGUCUGUCAACACAGAAGUGUUGCCAUCAUCGCCUAAUACUGCAUCCUCGCUCCAGAUGAGGCAGAGUGUCUCUCCUAGGAUGGCAGAGCCAUACAGUCAACCAACAGAAAUGUUUCCCAGCAACCACUCAGGAGUAGUCAACGACUCCUUAGCAGCGUCAAACCACCAGACAGUUUUAUCAGACUGUUCUUCAAAUAGAUUUCAAGCAACCUAUCUCUCAAGUGCAUCAGCUUUCCCUUUGUGUAUGGAAGAGGAUGAUGAUGGUGGUGAUGAUAAUGAUGAACGCUGGGGGUCCAUAUCCCCUGAUCCCGAUUUUUCUCUCUCGGCGGCCAUUUCCUCCAUCCUCACCGCACUGGACUCCACCAUGGAAGGAAGCCCUGGUAUCUCCUUGCCUCAGGCAGCUCCGCGGACGCCUCUGAGGUCCUUAGAAAACUUGUCAGGUUCUGAAGGAGAUGCAGCGGGGGCAAAACCAGGGGUGAAAGGUCACUGGAGUAGCUGGGAGUGCCAGGAGGACUGCCGUGGUGCAGAGAGCAGCCUUGAGGGGAUGAGGUCCAGUUAUCUUGGCAACUUGGCCGUAGACGACCUGUUCCAGGAUAUAGACACAUCCCUGAUGGAGCAGGAUAUGGCAGCGCUGGAGGUGAGGGGAGGCGGGGCAUUCAGCCGGGGUGGAUCUGCUGAGGUGCAAGCCUCCCCUCUCCUUUUGUUUCACCUCCUCCACUCCGCUUCCCCGCCUUCUUGUCUCUCAACCAUAGCGUGAAGUGCCUACCAUUGUUCUCCUCAUUCAGUACCGGUCCCGUGAGAGAGGGGUAGGAGUUAGAGCACCUGGUGGGGAUUUUGGUGGAGCCCUGAUUGAAAUCACAAGAAGAACAACAACCAGACACACGCGCACACACACAGAAAGUAAACUAGUUGUAAGUUAAUUAGUUUUGUAACCACAUAAAACCAGGUUUUAUGGUGGCCAAGGAAGGAUGAAUUACAGCCUUUUACUCAGGUUGUGUUUUUGUUUAGGAGAAUGCUACGAAAACGUGUUUGUUUACCGGUGGUUUUAAUGCAUUUGGUCUGCGACUGGGUUGGCGGAGAGGGCAGAUCCUUUGUCGUCCUUGACAUGACUGCGAGUCCUGAUAAAAUUGACAUGAUUUGGAGGUGCUUUUAAAAAAGAAAAGAAAAGGUUGAGAGAAGAAGAGAACACUACAUGAUACAGUCUGUGUCUUCUGUGAAGAAAUUCCUAAACUUUAGUCUAUCUGUGAGCUGGGUUUUAAAAACCAGGAUUACUUUGUUAAUUGUGGUAUCGGGUUAGCUUCUGAAGCGUUGCGCCUGUGAGAUUAGCGGUCCGCGGGGCUGCCUCAUAUUCAUGAUGAUAAAUAUUGUAGGAGUUGAAGUGGGAGCUAUUGUGUAGGUCCCUUGUCCUUGUCAUUUCAUGAUUACGAAAAAAAAACUGUAGUGUAUUAUAUAAAACUAUUUAAAUGGAUUUAAAACCUCUAGUUGCCGUAGCAUUCCUUGUUACCUCUGAAGACUGAGAUCAAGAUUCAGGGUUGGGGCCAGUCUCGGUCCACUGAGCUACAGAAGAUCAAAUCUUUUUAGUUGUGCGAUUAGCUACAUUUUCAGUUUCACCUCAGCUUUCCAGCAACCUGUGAUUGAUUGGCUGUUGGUAUCAUGUGAUCGGAACAACUGACAUCUGAUUGGUUCAAAAUGUUACGCAGAACCACUAUGCAGCAGCUCCUGUUGUACAGUGGACCUGAGCUCAUCUGAUUGGUUAGUCCCGGAGGUCAUUUGUAAACAUGCCAUUAGGACAAGGAACUAGCCUUUCCGUCCACAGUGUCUUGGAUUAAAGAAACUCGACCAGCCACCUCCACCAUGUUCUUACAUAUGAAAAUAGGAAUAAUAAUUGUCUUGGUGGGGGGGGUUUCUGGAGAGAACUGAAAAAUCCCUGUUUCGUUGCUACAGCGCCUGGUAGUUUGGCUCUUUUUUGAUGGCACAAAAUGUUGGAAUUGUUACAUUCUGUCACUUUUUUACAGUCAUGUUCUGUCUGGUUUACACCUCCUGAACGAUCGCACUUUUGUCAAUAAUAUGCAUUGCUUGUUCUCAGAACCACAUGCCUUUCAGGUAGUGUUUCCUCCGUAUUCACUGAACGGUAGCACGAGACCACAGCUAGGAUAUUGGCACAAACAAAAAAGGAAAUUCAGAUCAACCUAAAUCUCGGUUUAGUGAUAAUGCACUCUCGAGGAUCACUUUAAGGAGUGCAUCCUGCACUAAAGCCUUCGAUGGGAUCUAACCAGUCCUGGAGUCGGUUACGGAGGGAUAAAUGGUUUGAGAAAGCAUGUACUAUUACCCAUUUGUCAGGUUUUUUUGUACAGUUAAUAGCCUGUCUUUAUGGAUCCAAGGUGCUUUCUAUGCAAAGUCCCCUCCGAGGAGCGGGGCAGUGACGUCGAGCCAUUUCUAAAGGGCAGUUUUGUUAACAAUACGGGCAGUUUAAGGAAGUAACAGUAUUUAUCAUCACUAAACACAUGACAUGUUUUCGGUCAAGUAAUAUGUACACAGAACCAGUGGUGACCAUUUUAAUUUUUUUAAAACUAUUUUACGAUAUGUUAGCCGGAUUGAGGCUUAAUGAUAUGAAUUUUUUUCUUUUAUAUAAAAUGAGACUGUAUUUUCCCAUGUUGAUUGUUUUUAUUAAAAUAUGAA